AUGGCGCUCCCGCAAGAGAUUCUCCCCCAACACCCCUCCGACCCGCUCCUCCUUCUCCCAGUUCCCAACCCUCUACCGCCUACACCAACUCCGUCCUUACCAUCCCUCCUCGCAGCCCUCGCUCCUCACCUCACCCCUACUGAAGUCGAAGAACUGGAGAAAGUCCCCAUUCCGGUGUUGACCUCUACUAUUCGCCAAUUCACUCGGCAUUCACAGACAUUACUGAAUGCUGCCCGGGCGGGCGUGACGGAAGCGAGAGAAGAGUUGGACGAGGUGGAUGUGAGAUUGAGGGAGGUAGAGUAUGAGAGGGAGAGAGUGAGGGAGGAAACGGAAAGAUGUGAGGAAUACGCACAGACACAUGGAGAUGUAGAGCUGCCGGAUGUCGAAACCUUCUUGAGUAGUGUGGACCAAACGCCGAAAGAAAGCGAGUCGUACGAACAGACCCUGGGGAUUCUACGCCUAGAACACGAACUUGGAGAGAUCCUAAAGCGAGAGGCGCAAGUUGCUCAGAUCACAAAAGAACGAGAUGCGUACAUUAAAGCCAAGAAGGAGAUCAAAGUCAAGUCAGACGCAGUGGAUGUUCAUCUUGCUCAAUUUGCCCGGGUACGUCCCAUCUCUUACUCUCUCCAUCAGGUCAAUACUGAUGAGGAAUAG